CAAUCGAAGUUCAUCAUGGCUGCUCUUACAAACUAUUCCUUAGCUUUCCUAGUUUUGGCUUAUUGCCUGACUGUAGUACCGGCCAAGCAUCCUAGUCGCCAGGAAGCGGAGGAGGAUAUGUCCAAGUUCAUGAGUAUCCUUCGGCAGGAGCAAUUUAGUGCCGGCUCACCUCGAUUCAAUGAUGUCCUGGGCAACGCCAGGGCCAUUGUCGAAUAUCAGGACAAAGGAUUCAUUGGAAUUCGAGGCAUUUUCCAGUGGAUGACCAGCCCGAAUCCUCGCAACGAUGGCGUCUAUAACUUUAUGCAGUUCUUCGCCGACGAAUCAAGUGGAUAUAUAGGUAUUCAAAACUACGACAAGAGCUCCAAGUUCACGGUUCUGUUUUCCAUUUGGGAUGCAUCGGAUGCAUUUGCGGGUGAUGAUUUCGCCUGCGAGACUUUCGGCGGCGAGGGCGUCGGCUAUAAGUGCUACAACAGCACAUUCCCGCUGAUCAGCAAUGCCAUAUACUUCCUCGAUGUAGAGAUCGAGGGUUCCACCUUCAGGGGUUAUAUCUCGGAUCCGCAGGAGAAUCUCGACAGUGUGACCAGUACCCAGGUGAACCGUCAUCUGAUUGGCGAGAUCAUCACUCCGCACGAAAAGCUAACUAACCUCAUACCAUUCGGAUACUACAACGAGAACUAUCGCGAUAAGGACACCUGCAGGGAGGCCUUUGAACUGGUCACCGUUAACCAGGCUCCGCAUCAAUAUACCAAGUAUGGUCAUGCCAACACCAAGUUCACCGAGGCCUAUCUCUACAACUCGGAGUGCGAGGUCGAGAACAUUUUGGUGGCUCUAACGGCGGACAAGAAGAGCACCAUCUACUUCACCAGACCCACUGAUCUGAAUCUAUACAAUUGAGCAUCCAAAGAUACUGGAUUGGAGUACCAACUCAUUUAUUUAUAAGCUUUUGUUUUUAUAUAUUUAAAUAGUUUAGGGGAGAAUGAUUAUCCAAGAACUGGGUGGUGUAUUACAUGUAUUAAAUUGUUAAAACAAA